AUAUGUUCCCUGCAGCCAAGAGGAGGCAAAGCCUUGAAAGGUCCUCAGCAGGAACCUUCAAGAAGAGGAAACCGUUCUCUGGCGACGACAGGAAAAACAAAUAUGGUUCCAAGUCACCUCAUAGGUCCGGUCCGAGAGGGAAACCCAGAGACCGAAUGGGGGGUGACGUGGACAGGAAAGAGGGAGAGAGAUUUGGGGAUGGGGGCAAAUCUUUUGGAAAGAUGUCACCGGGGGCAAGAGGUUUGGAGGAAGGAAAUCUGGGGAUGAGGCAAAUGUUUGGAGGACAGAGGAAUGUAUUCCUUCAUGAAAGGACCUUGGUAUCGCAACAAGUCAGCUGGAGGACUGGAUGAAAAUGCAAUGAUGUAAUUUUGUAGUGACUGCUUUAAAUCUUUGUACAUGUAACUUACCUAUCAUGGGAAGUUCUACUGGUCUCUGUGUGAACGUCUACCCCAGGAAAUGUAGCCUUAUCUGUCUGUCAAUGAAGAUGAACAAAUACCACUAUUGGGAGCCCGUUUGCACAGCCUUUUCCCCUCCUAUUUUCUAAUCUCCCACAUAAAUCAAUACACAAACAUGAUGGAUUACAACUCUUCUUGUCAUGGUGACAAGUUCCAAGUGCAGUUAUUGCCUUCAAUGUACGGUGUUGAGUUCUGCGUGGCGUUGGUUGGUAACCUGUUUGCCCUGAGACUCUUGGCGACCAGGGAGAGGAACAACUGGCACACUGGUGUGGUGCUGUCCUGUAACCUGGCCAUCAGUGACCUGCUCUAUGUCCUCACCCUGCCCCUGCUCAUAGUCUACUACAUGCAGGACAAGAACUGGCUGUUUGUGAUCGCGGUCUGUAAGAUAGAACGCUUCCUCUUCACCUGCAACCUGUAUGUCAGUAUCUACUUCAUCAUGUGUAUCAGUGUGAACCGCUAUGUGGCCAUUGUGUACCCCUUCUUCAGCCAGAACCAUGUGAACCCAGCCAAAGCCAAGGCUGCCAGUGUCGUCAUCUGGAUCUUUGUGACAGCCAUCUCCUCUCCUGUGCUGAAGUUUGCCUCCACAUGUCCAGAGGGAAUCAACAAAACCCGUUGUGUAUCCUACUCCUAUUGCACCAACAGUGAUGCAGUUGCAGUUGCAUACUCUCACUUGUUUUACAAAGUAUUUCUGUCUGUGGCUGGGUGUUUUAUUCCCUUCCUGGUCACAUUUGCAUCAUACUGUGCAGUGUUAAGGGUGGUGUGGAGGAAUGUGAAUAUAACCUCCCUGGAGAAACGGAAGGUGGCCCUGAUGGUGUUUGCAGUGGUUGUGCUGUAUGCCAUUUCCUUUGUGCCUUAUCACCUCCUCCAGAGCUACUAUUUCUACCAGAAGGUUCACAAACUUGGCUCUGUCUGCGACUGGGUGUGCAAGGCCUACCAGGUGUCCAAGGGACUGGCUACACUGAACAUGUGCAUCCAUCCACUGCUCUACAUGGCUGUGUUUGGUAACAUCCGAGUCACCUGCUGUGGAAGGAGCUCAGCAGAUUUGGCAAUGAAUAAUACAUGAACAAAAUCAUGCUCUCUCUGCUCUUUGGAUGCUUGCACUUAUGGUGUUUCUGAUAAGCAAGUGUUACACACAGUUGAUGACUUAUCUGUAAAUAACUGCAGCUAUAUGCACUUCCUUCCAAUGUUCUGAUGUAAGAUGUUUUUGAUGGUCAUGUUUCUUUUCAUGAUGUCUAAACUAUGCCCUCUUCUAUAUUCAUUAUUACAGUAUCAGAUAAUAGAAAUUGAACAUAUUCAAAAUAACUAUUUGAAAUGUAGCUACAUUACAACAUAAUAACUUACAGUUUUCACAUGAUGAGAAAUAUAUUAACACCAAAAGCACUGGAUAAAAAGUUAUUAUAACAACCAUUUUUUUUCUAGGAGACAGUGGAUGGAAAAGCGUGCUAGUUUGAAAUGAAAAAGAGCCGCUGUAGCUAUU